UUUUUCUUAAGUACAUACAAAAGUCCGACCCUUUUUAAGUAGGUAUUUAAAAUAAUAAAAACUGAAAGGUUUUAUUUUGUACUACUGGCAUAUUAUUAUAAUGUAAUUAUGUGAAUAUGUACUGAAUUGUACUGCAAAUGCGGUACAUAAAACUAAAAUUUGCAAGUGUCAUCAAAUACGCAGACCUUAUGCAGUGAAAGCUCCCAAAUAUUAAGUGUAUAAUCUAUGGUGAAAGCUUGAACUUAUUGGCAACAGGUAGAAUGAUAGAAUUUCACAGAAUUGACAGAUCGGUGCACACUGGCCAGCGGCUAAAUGUUCUUUACAAUUACACACACAUAUGUCUUACCGGUUUUUCAGUCCGGUUUGAUUUUUAGUCAGUUUGAAGUUGUGAACGAGAGAAGACGUUGUAAUGGCUACCGGUAGAAUCGUCGUGUACGGUGGUCGUGGGGCAUUGGGUGCUGCCUGCGUGAACCAUUUUAAAUCUUUUAAUUAUUGGGUCGCUAACAUUGAUUUGAAUCCCAACGAAAAAGCCGAUUUUAACAUUACUGUCCCCAAAGACGCUUCAUGGGUUGAACAGGAAGAUCAUGUCGUGAACGAGCUUGGAAACGCCCUACAAGGUCAGAAAGUGAAUGCUAUUAUAUGCGUUGCGGGUGGCUGGGCUGGCGGAAACGCCGCUAAGGACCUCAGCAAGCAGGCGGACUUGAUGUGGCGUCAAUCAGUGUGGAGUUCCUCUAUUGCAGCAACAUUGGCAGCUAAGUACUUAAACACUGGUGGUUUGUUGGCUUUAACUGGGGCAAAAGCAGCCUUAGAAGCCACCCCAGGAAUGAUCGGCUAUGGAAUGGCAAAGGCCGCUGUACACCAACUCACAAAAUCUCUGGGUGCUAAGGACUCUGGUCUGCCAGAGAAUUCAUUAGCUGUAGCUAUAAUGCCUGUUACAUUGGAUACAGAAAUGAACAGAAAAUGGAUGCCAAAAGCGGACUUCAGUACAUGGACUCCGCUGACCUUUGUGGCUGAGUUAUUUGAAAAGUGGAUGAAGGAUGAAGGCCGUCCAGCGAAUGGCAGCUUAGUUGCCCUUGUCACCAAAAAUAAUGUUACUGACUUAAUUAUUGAGUAAAUUUUUACCAAUAUUUAAAAAUCUCAAAAUGAUAUAACAUUUACUUAGUUAAUUGUAUUACAAAAUUCAAUACAAUGGUUGUAUUAACUUUAUUUUAUAUUAAGUUAAACAGAUAUUAGAAUACAAAAUGUUUUAUACAUAUUUUUAAGUUGUAUUUGAAUGUUGUUUUUGUGUAACUAUUUUCUGUUGAGCGUUGAAUUUAUUGUAGAGAUGUAUUAUAUUGAAAGUAUAGGCAAGUUUAAGCAUAAUUUAAUACAUAAUAUAUACAAUCAAAACAAUAUUAUUAAAAUUUACAUCAUGUGUGUUAGACAAUAAAUUGAAUAACCAAAAUGCUUCAUUUUCAUUUUAUGGCUAAAAUAUAAUCAUUCCUUGUAUGUUAAUAAAAUUGUAUGCAUGAAA